AUCAUGAUAGACUGUUAAAUAUUUCAAAUCAAUUGAACAUGUUCAUCAAUCUUUAAUUGGUUCUGAAAAUCUAUCACUUCAAGGUGGUGUUAAACAAUUAAAAAAUAUAAUAUCUUCCACUAAUAAUAGACCUACGACUCCAAUGGAGUAAAAUAAAAUUAUAAAAAUUUAAUAUUGAAGUAGUUUUAUUAUAUAAAAUGGAAAUUGCGUCAACACAUAAUAGAUGGGAAGACGAUCAUUCAGGAGGAAAUAAUCCAGGUGGUGGACCUAUGCGUCGACCUAUGGGCGGAAAUAUACCAUUUUCAAAAAUGGUAUUUGACGGUAAACGAAUGAGAAAAGCAAUUCAACGAAGAACUGUUGAUUAUAAUCAUAGUCUUGCAAAAUGGAUGCAGGAACGUGUAUGGAUCCGUGAUAGAAGAGACACUCGAUUUUUAAGACCUGAUUCAAACUUCAUUAUUGAUUUAUUACCUCCUGCAGCAUAUCUUGAUAAUCCUGUCAAUGCGGUUACAACAAAAUUCAUUCAUACAUCAACUAAUAAGAUAAGAUUUCCUGUCAAUGUUGUUCGAUGGACACCAGAGGGUCGUCGAUUGAUCACUGGCUCCUCCAGUGGUGAAUUUACCCUAUGGAACGGUCUUACCUUCAAUUUUGAAACUAUUCUACAAGCUCAUGACUCAGCUGUACGUGCUAUGAACUGGUCUCACAACGAUAACUGGAUGGUGACUGGUGAUCAUAGUGGUAUUAUUAAAUACUGGCAAUCCAAUAUGAGCAAUCUCAAGAUGUUUCAAGGACAUAAGGAAGCAAUUCGAGACCUGACAUUUGCGCCAUCUGAUACAAGAUUUGCCACUUGCUCAGAUGACUCACUUAUCAAAAUUUGGGAUUUUAACACGGGCACAGAGGAAAAACAGUUAACAGGACAUGGUUGGGAUGUAAAGUGUAUCGAUUGGCACCCUUAUAAAGCAUUAUUAGCUUCGGGAAGUAAAGAUAAUUUGAUCAAGUUAUGGGAUCCUAAAACAGCCAAAAAUAUUACAACACUGCAUGGACAUAAGAACACAGUAUUAGCAUUACAAUGGAAUCAAAAUGGUAACUGGUUAGUGACGGCAGGUAGAGAUCAACUUGUUAAAGUGUAUGAUAUUCGAACAAUGAAAGAAUUACAAGUAUUUCGAGGACAUAAAAAAGAAAUUUGCUCUGCCAAAUGGCAUCCUCAGCAUGAAAGAUUAUUAGCCACUGGUGGUUCAGAUGGUGCACUUAUGUUCUGGAUGACAGGUCAAGAUGACCCUAUAGGAGAACAAGAGACAGCUCAUGAAUCUAAUAUUUGGUCUUUAGACUGGCAUCCUGUUGGUCACAUUCUUGUCAGUGGAUCUAAUGAUCAUACAACUCGUUUUUGGACUCGGCCAAGACCUGGUGAAUUAACAGCAGAUAAAUUCGAUUCAAGUCAGCAUCAUGAAGAAGAAAGUAGCAGUAGUCAAAUGUCAAAUGAAUUGAUUGAGCCCCCUCCAUUCAGACCUCAUAAUCAACCAAUUAAAGUUACAGAACCACCCCCAUUUAGACCUGCUAAUAUGCCGCUUCCUGAUAACAAUCAACCACCCCCUUUUAGACCUGCUAAUAUGCCAUUACCACCCUUUAGACCACUACCGCCACAAUCUAUAAGACAAAAUCAACCUUUAUUACCACAACAGCUACAAUUUCAACAACAACAACAACAACAACAGCAGCAGCAGCGAUAUCAUUAUGAUGGAGGUUUUAGACCUCCUCCUCCUAAUCCAUUAAUAAACAAUAGAGGAAAUUUUAUGCAUAAUAAACAAAGGUAUCACCAGCAGCAACCACUACAACAACAACAACAAUAUCAACAAAGGAAUUAUAGACCUCCUCCCCCUAUAAGCAGACAUUAUCAGCAACAAAGACCAAAUAUUAGAAAAAAAUAAAAAUAAUAAAAAAU